GACGAUUUUUACACUUUACAAAUUACAGGACAGAAGGUUAGUUCCUAGUGGCAAUGGUGCUUGCAUAUUUCAAACGAGGGCAGUUCAAGCUACGUGAAUACACAAGAACCAAUUUCUUUGUUGGAUUGUACCUUGCAAAUGACAUGGAGGAAGAUGAAGAAGAGUUAAAAUAUGAAAUAUUUCCAUGGCUUCUUGGAGAUCGCUGGAGAAAAACAUAUCCUAGAUUCUUGCAGAAACGAGACCAGCUGUUAAGAAGAAUUGACUACAGGGCCCUUGUCAGUAGGAGAUGCUGUGAAGAGGUGAUGAAGCUGUGUCCAGAUCACUACGUGUGGCAGCGAGAACGAGAGAGCCAUCACGGCGGAGCAAUCCGCAAGUAUGCGGCAGACAGCGAGGAGUACUAUCCGCGGGGGCCGAGUCAUUCGCCGCGCUUCUGUCAGGACUGUGACAUUCGGAUGGCGGAGAUGGUACUAGACGACGACAGCAGUGCAGAUAAUAAAGUGGAUACAUUCUACUGGAUAAGAACAGAAGAGUGAGUUCAUGCAAGUGAAUCAGUGUUCCACAUUGGAGAAAAGAAUCACAUAUAUAAGUAUAUAAUAAGGCCACCCUUAAAAAAUUGUUUGUUUCCCAUUUACCUACUCGCCUCUCAG